AUGUAUUCGGUCGAUGCCAGUGAUGUCCUCACGCUACUGUUCCAGGAGCCUUAUAAUCAACAGUCAUUCCAAGGUCAAGCCGCCCAACACACAUGUAUACAAACCCCAGACAUCCACUUCCCUCCCCAUUCCCGCGCUACCCAUCCCCGCCCUCUUGCAACCUUUGUCCUCCGUCCCGACCCUCCUCAUCUCCCAAGCCCCCACCUUGAUCCAGUCAUAGGUGAUGCGCAGGCCGUCCCUGAGGGUGAUGCUGGGUGCCCAGCCCAGCUGCUCGCGGAUGAGCUGGUUGUCCGAGUUGCGGCCGCGCACGCCCUCCGGCCCAGGGAUGUGGCGGAUGGGGGUGCUCUUGCCAUUGAACCCCAGCACCAUCUCCAUCAUGCCAUUCAUGCUGACCAUCUCGUCGCUCCCCAGAUUCAGCGGGCCCGUGAAGUCCGACUUGGUGAUGCGCAGGAUGCCCUCCACGCAGUCGUCGAUGAAAGUGAAGGACCGGGUCUGCAGGCCGUCGCCCCACAUCUCCAGCUCGUCCUUGGACGUCAGCACCUGGGUGGGAAGUGA